GUACUCUUUAGCAUCUUGUAGCCUUUUCACAUUUCCAAAGAAACAGGGGAGUAUUUGAGCACUAAUACUCUCUCAGACAUUUCUUCAUUACUUCUAAGGGAAAAAAAAGGUUCAAGGCCAUGAAUGUCCCUCAUUUUGUGUUUGGCAUAUUUGGGAAUGCUUCUGCUCUGUUCCUCUUCUUGGCACCAGUGAUCACAUUCAAGAGGAUUAUAACCAACAGAUCGACAGAGGAGUUCUCAGGCUUUCCUUAUGUGAUGACACUGCUCAAUUGUCUCCUUUCAGCUUGGUAUGGUCUACCUUUUGUGUCUCCAGACAACAUCCUAGUAUCAACAGUGAAUGGAACAGGAGCUGCAAUUGAAAUUGUUUAUGUUUUGAUCUUCAUCACAUUGGCACCCAAGAAGGAAAAGGCUAAAAUUUUUUGCCUCUUCACCUUUGUACUCUUGGUUUUCUCUGUUGUUAUUUUUGUGUCCCUUUGUGCCUUGCAUGGAAAUUCUAGGAAGCUCUUCUGUGGCUUCGCCGCUGCCAUAUUCUCCGCCAUCAUGUAUGGCUCGCCACUCUCAAUUAUGAGACUAGUGAUCAAAACUAAGAGUGUGGAGUUCAUGCCCUUCUUCCUAUCCCUGUUCGUGUUCCUCUGCGGCACUUCGUGGUUCAUCUUCGGUUUGAUAGGUCAUGACCCUUUUGUUGCUGUACCUAAUGGUAUUGGUUCUAUUUUGGGAACAAUGCAAUUAAUAUUGUAUUUCAUAUACCGGGACAAGAAAUGUGUUCCAAGGAAGCAGGCCAAAACAAAGGAGGAAUCCAUGGAGACGGGACAUGCAAAACCUCAUAAAGAGAAGCAAUCCAAUGCAAAUGGAGCUCAAGCAUGAGAAUUGUUUGAUUAAAUUAAAAUCAAUAGUCAAAAGACUCAAAACUCAAAAUCAGAGUUACUUGCCAGCUACAUAUAAUGAAAGCAAGCACCUCUAUGUUUUGGUCUGCUCUUAUUUUAGUUCUAUAAAUGUCUUUAAUUUAAGAUAUUGUUAGCUUUAGCCGAAUCAUAUAGUUAAUGUGUGGGAAUUCAUUUAAAAUUGAUUGUAAAACUAAAAUCAAUUUUGAGGAGAAACUUUUAUAAAUAGUUAUACUUA